CAUCGUAAUACUGGAAAAGAAAGAGGACAGCAAAAAAGUAGCCCAAGGGACCGUCAUCUACCCAUCCCACAUCCUACAGCCCACCCAUCUCCAAAUUACCCCAGGAAAAACUUCCCGAAACGAGACCACCCAACGGGAACCAAAGACCCUUGGCAUUGCCUUACGCACAUUCCCGAACGAACGAAAGUUGAUCUAGCAAUUCCCAGCUAAAUCAUUGCCGUGCGGCGUAUGUGCGACUUGAGAUUAUGGUAGGCAGCCUAUCAUAGGCCCCUUUAUUGACUUCCAAUAGCCAUGUAUGCACCAAAUUACUCUUUUGGACAGGGCAACAAUACGCAGUCUUUCAAUCCCAAUGGUGGCCAUCCACAGGCUCCCCAAAAUGUCCAUCAACCAGGUCAACAACAGCCUCAGCACAUGAUGUAUAAUGCUCAACAAUACGGGCCCGGGGGUCAUCAAUCACCUUACGGCGCAUCUGGCCCCGGUAUGGCUGGUAAUGCCGGUGGAAUGGGAAUGAUGCAGAACAGCGGUUUGGCGCAUAUGCCUGCUGGAAAUGUAGUUUCUUCCUAUCAAACGCCAUAUACAAGCUCUCCUUACGGCAACAAUAUCGCGACAUCCUCUUCCGUCUCGCACCCUACAAACUUCAUGCCGACUGCAUCAAAUGUGCCUCCACAAUAUGGGAUGAACCCUUCCGCAAUGAUACCACAACAGCAGCAGCAUCAAAUGCAGCGCAUGCAGCCACCGCCAUCUUCUACACCGACGCCGACGUCGGCGACUUCCCGCGUCUCUCCCUACGGAAAUUUUCCCCAGAGCACACCACCAAGCGCGUCAAACGCACAAUUCGCUGUACCACCAAAUCCCAAUCAGCAACAACAUCAAACCCCUAAUAACAAUCAGCAAGGAGGAAUGAGCUUGACUCCACAGACCCCAAGCUUCCCGCCAGGUGUGCGAAAUUCCGAGAACGCGGGAGCCGCCAUGAGUACGCCAUUAAGUCCUGGCUCAGAGCUUCGAGAGAAGGAAAGGGUCACCGUACUACUAGAUAUCAAUCGCGAAAUGUUAUUAGAAAUUAUGCGGAUAAUAGCUCUACAGACUGAUUUGAAGAACAACAAAACGGAGGAUAUCGCUGAGAAGUCAACGCUUGAGGCAGAGCAUAAACUUCUGGCGACCGAAUAUAUGCAAUGCAUGCGACGACUACAAUCAAAUCUAGCUUACCUUGCCGCAAUCGCCGAUCGCUCGCACAAGCCCGCAGCUCAGAUCCCCUCGCAUCCCGCAAUUAUGUUUGCACCAACUCUUACAUAUAAACCUGCGCACACUAUCCCUAUAUCUGCGCCCACGAAUGACGACGAUCCAGCAUCAAACCCCGAAGAAGGGCACGAAGAUCGGAGAGAGAUUUUAAAGGAGGCUUAUAAACGAUUACAGGCCCUGUACCCAGGCGUAGAUCCUAAGAAAGAUACACCUGCUGGGCCACCAAACGCAGCAGGUCGAGCACAAGCGCAGGCACAGCAACACGUAAAUCUAAUGCAGACAGCAGGGCAGAAACAGGGUGACAUGGGCCAGAGUGUACAGAAUAUGACAGCAGGGCAAAAUGGGAUGGCGCAAGGACAAGGUCAAAUGAUUCAAGGCGGCAUGGGCGGCAUGGUUGGUAUGGGCCAAAUGCAGCAGCAUCAGCAGCAAGGUCAACAAAAUAUGGGAAUGCCCGGUCUCAACCAAAAUCAGAAUCAAUUGCAGCAGCAACAGCAACAACAUCAACAAAAGAUGCAAAAUGAAAUGAUGAGACAGAGGAUGAUGCAGGAAGCUCAAAAGAACCAAAUGAUGAACAUGGGGCAAAUGCCGGGAAGAUAAAUAUUUACUUCUUGCAGCUGGUCAAUAUCAAAGAAUGUGGCUGUAGUGGAGGAUCGGGAUUGAUGUGGCAUUUGAUUGGUGUUGGGUAUCAAAGCUUGAUGAGGGAUUGGCUACUUCGGACGACACAGGCUCAGGCGUAUGUAUAUGCUGUAUGAUAUAUGGCGUUGGGUAAGGGAGGUUUUAUGCUUUUAGCAGUGGAACAGGAUAUUGCAUGUAUGGAAUGGUUAUGGAUUAUCGAAUGGCAAAUAUACCUAGAUUUGAUACUUCUUGGA